GAACCGGGCAAAUUGCACGUCCCCACCGAGUCGUUUGAAGUCCCGUUUGUCGGAUUUAUCCAAAUAGGCUGUGCAACGUUACAGAUUCCACUUUCCGUUACGACUCUUCUUCUUACCAGCAAUCAAGCUCUAACUCCAUCCUCCGAUAGCCACUCCCAGCCUUCUCAUUCAGCUAAUUUAGGAGUUUGUUAACGAUGGAGAGCAAGAGUGCGGCGGCGAGGCCGGCGUUUCCGGCGGAAUUGGAGUACCAGUCGGGCUUUGGCAACCACUUCUCGUCGGAGGCGAUAGCCGGAGCUGUUCCCCGUGGCCAGAAUAGCCCCCUUGUUUGCCCUUACGGUCUCUACGCUGAGCAGAUCUCCGGAACCUCCUUCACCUCUCCUCGCAAGUUUAACCAGCGCAGCUGGCUGUAUCGCGUUAAACCAUCGGUGACGCAUGAGCCGUUCAGGCCUAGAGUCCCCAGUCACGGGAAGCUGGUGAGCGAGUUUAAUGAGUCAAAUAGCUCCGCAACCCCGACUCAGCUACGGUGGAAGCCUGUGAAAGUUCCGGAAUCGCCAACUGAUUUCAUCGACGGAUUAUAUACCGUAUGUGGCGCGGGCAGUUCUUAUCUGCGGCAUGGUUUUGCAAUUCACAUGUACACUGCCAACAAAUCAAUGGAUGAUUGUGCAUUUUGUAGUGCUGAUGGUGAUUUCUUGAUUGUUCCUCAAGAAGGAAGGCUGUGGAUCACUACUGAAUGUGGAAGAUUGCAAGUGUCUCCUGGUGAAAUAGUAGUUUUACCUCAGGGGUUCCGCUUUGUUGUUGAUCUGCCAGAUGGACCAUCAAGGGGCUAUGUAGCUGAAAUAUUUGGAACUCAUUUUCAUCUUCCUGACCUUGGACCAAUAGGUGCUAAUGGCCUUGCUGCUUCAAGGGAUUUUCUAGUUCCUGUGGCCUGGUUUGAGCAUCUCCCUCGUCCAGGUUAUACCAUUGUGCAGAAGUUUGGUGGUGAGCUCUUUACUGCAAGACAAGAUUUCUCUCCUUUCAAUGUGGUAGCAUGGCAUGGAAAUUAUGUUCCCUAUAAGUAUGAUCUAAGCAAAUUCUGCCCGUAUAAUACCGUUUUGGUCGAUCAUGGUGAUCCAUCCAUAAAUACAGUUCUGACAGCACCUACUGAGCGACCUGGUGUAGCUCUGCUCGACUUUGUCAUUUUUCCACCCAGGUGGUUGGUUGCUGAACACACAUUCCGUCCUCCAUAUUAUCAUCGCAACUGUAUGAGUGAAUUCAUGGGUCUCAUUCACGGUGGUUAUGAGGCAAAAGCUGAUGGAUUUCUUCCAGGCGGUGCAAGCCUGCAUAGCUGCAUGACUCCUCAUGGUCCUGAUACAAAAACAUUUGAGGCAACAAUAGCCCUUGGAAAUGAAGCAGGACCAAGAAGAAUUUCAAACACCAUGGCUUUCAUGUUCGAGUCGUGUCUAAUGCCUAGGGUCUGCCCAUGGGCGCUUGAAUCUCCCUACAUGGAUCAUAAUUAUUAUCAAUGCUGGAUUGGUCUGAAGUCCCACUUUACAUAUGAAUCCGUCAACAAAGAUGGCCAGGAUGUGGCGAAUGGGCAUGGCGACCAUAAGUGAAAAGAAUAAGAACAAGAUGAUAGGCUCCUGCAUUGCAAGAAGCUUGCCUGCCUUGUACAUGAUCAAAUGUGCGACUUUGCGGUGUAAAUUAAUGUGUCGUUUACCAAGAACAUUUGAAACCUGCAUGUAAAGGAUGCAGUAAUGUAAAUAUAAUUCCAUAACCAUAUUAGGUCACACAAACUUCAUGUGAAUGCUGGACGCUAAUUAUACAAUAAUUAUAAGUAUAUUUAUAUAAUAGUCACGUCUUUCAGAUGAGCG